CAGUAGAUGCCAUGGAGGAGGAGCUAAAGUGUUCACAAUGUCGAAAAUUUUUCGAAGAUCCUAUUUUACUCCUCUGUGGUCAUAGCUAUUGUAGGCGAUGUGCCUUAAAGGCUCAACAACCCUCUUCUUCCGUUCGACCGGCGACUCCACUUGCGCCACCCGCACAUUUUCCGCAAAUCCUCUCCUCAUCUCCUCUCUCGCCUCAUUGCAGUAGUAGUGGUGCUUCGGAUACGAUCUCUGUUUGUAUAUCCGAUCCUGACCAUGACAGUGAUAAGAUGUCCGUCUUAUCAGAAGCUGACUCUGGUGUUGUGUGUAGUCGAACUUCCCGACCAUCCUCUAUGGUUGGCCCACCCAUUCCACGAAUACCUAGCAUUUUAACUCCAUCAACAAGUGGAGUUAUCAUUUCCUGCGGUGUUUGUCAAAAGCCGUCAUAUUACUCGGAUGAAGUCGCAAUAUCGAAUGCACCGACAAAUAUGGCAAUACAAAAUGUGAUCUCACGUUAUUUUGCACAACAUCCACAACUUGCACCAAAAGAUCCGAAACCGACGUCGGAUGAAGUGAAAAAGGAACCAAAUUGUCAGCUAUGUGAAGAGAAUAUCAAACCAGCUACUGUGUACUGUGAACAAUGUGAUAUUUUUUAUUGCCAACCCUGCCAAGUAGCCCUGCAUCCGGCACGGGGGCCACUGGCCAAACAUACCUUGGUUAGCGCAGCCCAAAGACGUACCACUCCGACACGGACCAUUAAAGAUUUGCGAUGUUCACAGCACAAAGGCGAAGCGUUGACGAUGUUUUGUUUAGUAUGCAAAACAGCAGUGUGUUGUCUGUGUUUACAGGAAGUGAAGCACUCAAGUCAUGACGUUCAAGCACUAUCAGCAACGUGCAAAGCGCAGAAGGCCGAACUUUCCACGACUCUUCAACAACUCAGCGAAAAAGCCCGAACGGCAACGGAAGAAAUUGGCCGGUUAAAACAAAUGCACGAUAAUCUCAAUAAUUCAUGCAACGACUUCAAGUCGAAUUUGUGCAUACAAAUAGAUGCAUUGAUCGAGCAACUGCAAACGAGAAAAGAGCAGUUAAUGCGACAUGUCGAAGAAGAAAAGGAUCAUAAGAAGCAAAUACUCCGAGAACAAAUUUCGCGCUGUACGGCAAAACUAUCCCGGACAACAGGAUUAAUCCAAUUCUGUAUUGAAGCUCUAAAAGAACCGGAUGCAGCUACAUAUUUACAGCACUCCGCAGCUUUGUUACAUCGUUCAACGAGUCAAGAGUUCCUAUGGCAUCGAGAAAUGAAAACAAAACCAGACAUCGAUCCAGAAUUCAUAUUAAACCUUGACACUAAACAUCUACAGUAUUCCAUACAAACCCUGGACUUUGCUCAAAUGAAAGUGCCUUCACCACCGAUGAUCGAUGCUGCCGAAUGCUCGGCCGAGAACAAUUCGGUGACGAUCGUCUGGCGACCGAGACAAGACGGUUGUGCCAUAGAUGGAUUCAGUCUUGAAAUUGACACUGGAAAUGAUGACGGGAAAUUCAAGGAAGUCUACUGCGGUCGUGACACGAUUUGUACCAUCGACGGAUUGCAUUUUAACACUGUCUAUACAGCUCGUGUGAAGGCUUUUAAUGCUGCUGGUGACAGCGAAUAUAGUGAACCAAUUUGUUUACAAACUGCUGAAGUAGCCUGGUUCCAAUUGACCAAAUCCCCAUCUCAACGAGAUAUGCAACUAUCGAACGAAUGCACAUCAUUAACUGGUACAAGCUUGGAGUAUAGGACGAUACUUGGAUCCAUUGCGUUCUCUAAGGGUGUUCAUUAUUGGGAAAUAAGCGUUGUUCGUCACGAUAGCAACGCUGAUAUCGUCGUGGGUGUUGCUCAACCAGCUGUAAACAGAAAUAUUAUGCUAGGCAAAGAUCUUCAUGGUUGGUCAAUGUACGUAGAUGGAGAGCGGUCGUGGUAUCUCCAUAAUGAAACACAUCACAGUCGAAUUGUUGGUGGGAUAGGAAAAGGAAGUGUCAUUGGCGUGAAAUUGGACUGUAAUCGCGGAACAAUCGAAUACAUUAUCAAUGAUAGGAAACGAAUGUUCGAGAAGAACACGUUUGCAUUUACAAAUCUGCCCCGUGGCCUCUACUAUCCAGCAUUUUCGGUGAAUUGCAAUUCAACGAUCACUAUCCAUACUGGACUAUGUGCACCGUCAAGUUCAAGCAGCGACAGUGAGUAG